CCAGCUUGUGUGUGUGAGUGAAUCUGUACCUGGUGUUGCGUGACGGCGCCAUUCUGAACUCCACUCUGCCGUCUGUCAGCCCUUUCCCCCCCUCCUCACACUCUCUUCAUUCCUCCUCCUCCUCUUUGUCUCUUUUCUGCCUCUCGUUCAUUCCACCGGAGAGCCGCAGCGCCAUCCUCGAGGAUCCGACACGGAGAGCCCACAGCCGGGCAGCGGAGUUCAGUGAACAGCGUCAGAAUGCGGUGCCACAAGUUUUGGGGUCCCUGUUCGGUUGGAUUUUAUAUUUGUACUGCCAUUCUUUUUAAAGGCUCCUUGCAGGGGGAACACCAGAGGAAGCUGUACAAGGAGCUGCUGGCGAACUACAAUCGAUUAGAGAGACCUGUUGUUAAUGAUUCAGCUCCUAUCCUGGUGGAGCUCGGCCUCACGCUGCUGCAGAUUAUAGACGUGGAUGAGAAAAACCAAGUGUUAAUGACCAACGCGUGGCUCCAGCUGUACUGGACAGACGUCUACUUAAGCUGGAAUCCAGAGAAUUACCCAGGUGUCCAGAACCUGCGAUUUCCUUCUGACCAGAUCUGGACCCCUGACAUUCUUCUUUACAACAGUGCGGAUGAGCGCUUCGAUGCCACAUUUCACACCAAUGUCCUGGUGAAUGCUUCUGGUCACUGUCAGUACAUUCCCCCGGGCAUCUUGAAGAGCACUUGUUACAUCGAUGUGCGUUGGUUCCCCUUUGACGUGCAGAAGUGUGACUUGAAGUUCGGCUCAUGGACUCACAACGGCUGGCUACUGGACUUGCAGAUGCUUGAUGUGGACACAUCCACUUACAUACCCAACGGAGAGUGGGACCUCGUGGGUGUGCCAGCCAAGCGUAAUGAGCUGUAUUACGAGUGCUGUAAGGAGCCCUAUCCUGAUGUGACCUUCACAGUCACCAUGCGCCGCAGGACUCUUUAUUAUGGACUAAAUCUGCUCAUUCCCUGUGUGCUGAUCUCUGGUUUGGCUUUACUGGUCUUCCUGUUGCCAGCAGAUUCUGGAGAAAAGAUUUCUCUGGGCAUCACUGUGCUGCUUUCGCUCACUGUCUUCAUGCUUCUGGUAGCAGAGAUUAUGCCUGCCACAUCUGACUCUGUACCGCUUAUCGCUCAGUACUUUGCCAGCACAAUGAUGAUUGUGGGAAUGUCUGUGGUGGUGACUGUCAUAGUCCUGCAGUUUCAUCAUCAUGACCCUCAUGGGGGCAAGAUGCCCAAGUGGGUUCGUGUGGUUCUGUUGAACUGGUGUGCCUGGUUCCUCCGUAUGAAACAACCUGGUGAUGAGCGCAAGAAGCCACAGUACAAGUAUCGCCAUACCGCCCAGCAUCACUCCAGCACCAGCUCCAUUGAGAUGGGCACAAUGCCAAGCCUCACAGUGCCUCUGUCACAGGCAUCAUGCCCACCCUGCACAACAGGCACUUCCAAUGGUUCCAUGAGUCUCUACUUUGGGAGUUACCAUCCCAUGGAGAGUCCACACUGCCCACCUUCCAGCGACUCUGGAGUCACGUUGGGCGGACGCACUCAUGGAUCUAUGGGUGACGAGACUGAGCCGCCAGGGGGAGUUUGUGGUGUUGGAAGUCUUGGAAUGGGAGUUGGCAUCCCCCCACCUGAGAUCUUGCGCAUCUUGGAGGAGGUGUCGUACAUUGCACAGAGGUUUCGGGACCAGGACGAAGCUGAGGCAAUCUGCAGUGAGUGGAAGUUUGCAGCUGCCGUAGUGGACCGACUGUGUCUGGUGGCCUUCUCUCUCUUCUCCAUCAUUUGCACUUUCACCAUCCUCAUGUCAGCUCCUAACUUCAUUGAGGCUGUUUCCAAGGACUUCACAUAACCAGCUGCUGAAAGACAGAGAAGGAAGGAGGUGUAAAUAAUCAGACUUUAAAGAGAGAUUUGGAAAGGAAAUCAGAGACAGGGAGAAGUGUAUUCCCCGACCCACCUACUUGGCAGCCAUUUGUUUUGAGAUGGGCUUGUAGUAUCUCAUUAGAAAAAUAUUUUCUUCAGCAACUUUGUAAAUAAAUCAUAUCAUAAUAAGCAAUUGUUAAAUAAUGUAAACACUUAAACUUAUGAGAAGAUAUAAACUAAUUACAAGCCUGUAAUUAAAAACUUAGUAUGUAUGUAAGAUUAAGACAUACAAUUCAGCUGUUUGCAAAUGAUGUAAAUCUUAAAUGCAAUGUUGAUACAUGGAAAUAUUAUUUUUAAGCAAUUUUUGCGUUCUCGAUUUUAAUAUCAACAACUUACAGAAAGAUGGGAGUAGCUUCAAAUAUAUUGAAGCUAUAUCUUCAAUAUAUCGAUAUAUUGCCUUGCUAAUCAGAUGAAUUGGCAUUCCUACUCCCUCUUUAAAGCAAUUUGUCCAUAUCAGAGGAUUCAGUGUAGAAUGAUGGGCAGAUUUUUACAAGGCUAUAACAGGAUAGAAAAGAAGACCAAAGAAAUUGAGUGGGAACAAAGGAAACUACCAAAAUCAGAUCACUGUGAAUGUUGUAUUGUUUUAAUUUGGGCAAUCAAAUAGCUGUAGACUUUUCUACUUUGGGUUUUGCGUCAGACUUAGCUCCCUCAACAGGCAAUGCCAAAACAUAGAUAUUAUAUCAUAAGACCACUCUGACAAUGUUCAUUAGUAAUACAAAUGUUUAGCCGUUACACAGGAUGCACAAACAUUUGUCUUAAAUCUAGUAAAGUUAUACAAUUGUUUCCCAAAGUAAUGCAUCAUAACAAGUGAGCACAUUAGUGUGACUGUGGCUCAGUGGUAGAGCAGUCAUCUUUUAAUCGAAAGGUUGCAUGUUUGAUUUCAGAUUCCUCUUGUCAUAAUGCUUGAUGUGCUCCAGGGCAAGGUACUUAACCCUAAGUUGCCUCCUGAUCCAUGUAUUGGUGUAUAAAUGUGUGAGUUUGAAUUGAUGAAUGUGUCUGUACUCUAUAUAUAUUUGUGUGCUUGACUUGAAAGGCACAAUAUAAAAUCAGUCAAUUCA